UCUCACACGGUCGGUUGUCCAAGUGUGUUGAGAACCGUGUACGAUCGAUCGAGAGUGAAAGAGAAAGAUCGAAAGGUCUGAAAGCGAGUUUUGACAGUGUGUGAUUUUGUGGUUGGUGAGCAAAAAGAAACAAUCCAAAUGUACAUUUGCACUCGUGUGUAAAUCCUUAAUGAGCAAAGCGAUUAAUUAGAAAGUGGAUGAAACUAAAUUUCGAAUAACGAACAUUUGCACGAACAAAGGGUUAAACAAGAGCGAGGCCUGUUCACUGGAAUAAUUGUUUGGUGACGAUUAUAAUUUUUCUCACAUGAGUGCCGAAUAAAAGUGGUGAGAAACCUCUGUCUAGAGGAAGAUGAGAGGCGGCCAACUCGGGCUCCUCCUCUGGAAAAAUUAUGUAGUCCGAAAACGCCGUCCGGCCAUACUUGGCUUGGUGUUCCUUUGGCCGAUCGCGGUAUUUCUGCUGCUGUACACCGUCCGAGAUAAUGUCGAUCCGGAGUACAAUCCAACCUGCCAAUUUCCUUCGAGGCUCAUGCCUCACGAUGGACUCCUGCCUUUCGUACAGAGCUAUAUAUGCAGCCUCGGAAACGCUUGCGAGUCCCUCGACGAGUACGAAGAAUUGCCGACUUACAAAAACUCCACUCUUGGGCCGCUUAUGAAAGAGCUUCAACCGGUGUUGGGAAACGAGACGAUAAUCACGGCUGUAAAAACGUUACCGAAAAGUAUUCAGCUACUGAAAUCCAUGGCUCAAAUUCUCACGAAACCGGAGAUCAAAAAGUUGUUCGAGAGAGGAAUUCGCCUUGGAGAUUUGUUCAACAAUCACGAAAUCAUAAAAAACGUUCUGAGGCUUCAUUUACCAAAAGCAGAGGACAAUUUGAUUGACGGUUUGAUGAACGCGUCGAUAAAGCUGUAUUAUUUAAUAGAGACAUUCGGUUCGUCGAAUCUGGAUGGAGUGAUAUGUUCACCGGAGAGUUUGAAGAAGUAUCUGCUCCUCGAGAACGACGAGGAUCUUUUGGAAAUAUCAAAAAUUUUGUGCAACAUAGACUCAAAAAAAAUACCCGACAUUCUUGAGCAUCUGACGAGGCAUCUCGACUUUUCUGGGCUCUUGGAAAUGGUCGGUCGGGCAACGGCGAAAUUUCAUGAUUAUGACUUCAUCGAUGAUCUCGUUAGAGCUCUCAAUACCGUUCUGGAUUUAAAAACCGUCAAGAAAUACGUUCCCACGGAAUUGAAACUCCAAGAAUGGCUGCCGAAGAUCGUUGCGCUCUUCAGAAACGUCAGCCUCGAUAGAAUCGAUCUGACCUUGAUCAAUAAAACGAUAGAUGAGCUCGAGCCGAUUUUUUCAACGAACCAGGACUGGCCACUGGUUCGUCAUGGCCUUGUGAAAUUCAAUUCCUUGCUGGAGAUGAUCGACGAUGUUGUGCUGAAAAAAAAGUCGCAUGAAUCGAGUCCUCGCAUCGUGGAUUUGAGUGAAAAAGUUGGCCACGACAUGAGCAAUAUUUCAACUCGGUUGCAAGGAUACGAUGACGUCACGCGAAUUUUAGAUUCGACUUAUGCCGUUUUGCAUGACGCUGUCAAACUUACGAACAGGAUCAUCGAUCGUAACGAGGAUCAGCUGAAAAUAGCCACUGAGGUUUUGGAUGGCCUGAGAGACUUUUUUCCCCAGAACAUCAUGAACGUGCUCACCUACGUUGUCUCGAUGAGCGAAAAUGUCAUUCGCAUUAUUCAUCACGUGGCCAUCAUCCACGAGGAAAUAGCUGAAAGACUCUACAACGUCUCUCUCAACAAUAGAGCGACAGUUAACAAUAUUUUGACGACCGUUAAUCCUGAGGCUUUUCGAACCAUCGUACAAUCGAUUUCUCGACUAGAUUUCACUGAACGAUUGGUGGAUGGUUUGCGAACAAAGAAACCACAAGAGUUGUUCUGUCAGGAGGCCAUUCUCGAUGAAAUGUUUCAACGAUUCAAAGAUUUUGGAGGCAAUUCGUCAAUCAUCAAACAAGCGUUUUGCAGCGAUUCCGGAAAAUCAUUUGUUGCUGACGUCUAUGGAACCUUCGAAUUUGAUAAUUUCAGACAAAACGUGGACGAUACACUAUCGACAUUCAUCAGCAUGGCACUGGGUCAGCCGGUCAGGAUCAACAAAUCAAACUUGACGUCUCUUGUUACGAGUGUCAAAAAUUUCGUCAUUUAUCUGGAAAAAGUUUCCCCGAAAUGGCCGGACUGGAGUGUUUUUGGAACGUUCGAAGAGUGGAACGAAGUUUUCUUGGAUACACGAAUUCAGAGCAGAAUUGACGUACUCGGAAUUCAUCUCAGUAUGGCUAGAGCUGCGGGUAUGAGAAGUAUUUCUUACAUUACUAUCAAACCGGAUCUGCAACACAUGGAUAUGAUAGCAGACAUGAUACUCCUCGACCUUCGCGAACAUCCUACGAGUUGGAUUGGAAAAGUUCGCGAACACGAGUCUGAGCUCAUCGAAUCGUUCUACAUGACAGUAGCUGAUCGAAAGAAGACACUGAAAAUUCUAGAAUAUUCCAAUUUCACUGCUUCCUACUGCACUAAUGAUAAUCCCCCUGAUCUCCUCAACUUUCCGGAACGAUCGAACGCAACCUUGCUGAAAGAUCUCAUCUGUCGCCUGGCCAAAUCAGUGCAGACAGAUUUGCAAUUUAACGUAACGGAAUUCGAGGCUAAUGAAACCGGGGCGGGCAUCCACCACGCUAUGAGAGAUAGAGGGGCUUUCAAUUGGACCAGUUUCAACAAAAAAACUUUGGAGAUUUACGAAUACAUUGAAACACUUUUGCCCCAAAUUGACGAACAUUAUGACGAGGAACGUUUGGUCGAAUUGAAAAAGAAAUUCGUUCGAUCGUGGACCAAAGACCUUAGCAUACGCGACGCUUGGGAAAUCAGCGUAGGAUUCAUAUGCAAGAUUUUGGACAUAGCGGAAAGUCCGAUAUUCGACGUGAGGGAGAGAACGAGUUGGGAGGUGUUGUAUCCAUUGGGCAGAGCAGCAUCGUUAGUAGCAGGAACGAUUGAACGUGUGGUGGAUCAGAUCCGGGCGGGCAAUCAUUCGACGAAGUUAUCAGAAGUUUUACACGAUUUGCCCCAGACGGAAAUAUUGCUGGACGUUUUGUUAAGAAAUCUGGCACCCUUGACUUCUGAUUUGAUCGACUUCAUGACUUCGAAGUCCCCGAUGAGUUACGUGGCCUUGCUCAAGGAUUAUCCAUCGCAGGAAGUCAAUUGGCCGUGCAUUGAGAAACAGAGUGUCGGCGCCGUUCUGAAUCUCCGUGCGGGGAGUCAGGCCGUGAUCCGGGAGAUCGAAAGGGUCACCUGCAACCCCGGUGCAUUCGUCAGAGAGUGGAGGAACCACGAACUUUUCAGCACGGUCCGAAGUGCUUUUGAUAAAAAUAACAAAAACCUCACUCCCAUACCAGUUUUCAACUGGACACGCGGUUACGAAAGAUUCCGGAUGCUGGUCGAUAAGAUCGAGAAGUUGAUCAAUGAUUCCAAGAACGUUACCGUCACCGAUGACCAAGGUGCGCUUUUAUACAGCGGAGAUUUGUUGCCAGGUAUUAAAAAAAUGAUGGAAAAUGGUGCUUCCAAAGUAGAGGAUCGAUCGGCCAUUUUUUUCGAUUUUAUCGACACGGAAAUCGAAGCGAAUGUGGAAGUGCUGAAGAGCGAUCGGAGCGCAGCGGAUGCCUGGAGCUCUUUAGGCAGAAAACGUAACAUCGACGACUUCCUGGUGAUCGGUAAAUUCUUCACCAGGAUGGUUCACGACACCGCGAAGAUUUUUCUCGACACUGUUGGACCGGAUGCGACGAGUGUGAGCCUCUUCGGAUUGUUGGGUUUCACGGACAAGAGUGUCGUCCGCGUGGUUUACGAGAAAGGGCCCUUCAUCUUGGCCACGAUUCUCAACGGCAUGUCUGAUCCGAGCUUGGACAGUCGAAUCUACAACGAGACGAGGAAUCAGCAGCGACCGAUCGCUUGUUCAGAUAUUUUUUCCUGGUUCCAGGACUACAGGUACGGUCUUUCCGGCGAGGAUUAUCUGAAGCUGAAGAACACGACUUGCGAUGGUGACCCGGAGAAUUUCAACGCUUUUACCGAUCUUUACCUGAGGCUGACGACCGUUUGGCGUCAGCCGGUUUCCCAGUAUCGAACUUACUUCGCUACUCUCGUCUCGGAAGUUUGGCAACUUGCCGAUCGUUUCAACCACGUUGCGAUUACCGACGGAGUCAUCGAUUUGCCAUCACUCGAGCGUUACUUCGAUCGGGGCUUGAUCCUCUUGAAAGAUGCUCUUACCGGUCAGACUACGAAAGUCAUUUCCAACCACUAUGCAAACACGACUCUGUGGACGUACAGACUGGCGAUCGAAGGCAUCGCCGAAGUCCUCGACCACGCGGUCGAUGCCUUGAAUGACCUUGACCCUGGAGCCAGUGUGGUGCACACUUGGGACUUGGUCCCAAGCGGCGAUGUCAAACAAUUGCUCAAAAUCCUGGAAUCACAUCCUGUCGAAACAAUCGCACUCGCGUCUAGCUUGACCACUUACAAUACCACAACAGAUUCCAUCCCCAGUUUCAAAGAACUCCGACAUUUUAUGUGCGUCGAUCGUUUCCGCUCGAGUUACUGGAGACGAGAAAACAGGAGCCAUUUUCUCGACACUCUCUGCACUUUUGAUGCCAAUCAGUUGCUCAGGCGAGCUACCAGCGACCAGUUUUACGAACCAGUGAUCAACGCCUCACCGAUUUUCCGCCAGGUGGAGCCACUCUCGAAAACUCUAACGAAGUUCAUCAACGCUCUCGAAAAUCGUCGAACUUCCUCCGGUAAACGAAUCCAGCUAGUUUCCAACGUUCUCAACUCCACCACGUGGCUUUCACUGGCCGAAGACAUUCGUGAUGCUGAGAAAUCAUGGGCUCAUAAAUUAGCUACAACUUACAGUAGAAAAGAUGGCAGUUUUCAGGUCGGUCGAGCCAUUUCAUCGGAUGCUCUUCUGACCCUGAUGCAAGCUCAAGAAAUCGCUGCUUUCCUCUUCGACAUUUUUGCAGGUGGAGACGUUUGGUCAAAGAUGAAAAUCAAUCACGAGACUCCGAGAUCAAAAGCGGUUUACUCGCUGAUAGAAGACACUCCCAAUUUGGUGGUUACGUUCAUCGACACUUUUGCUAACUCUGAGAGACUUAAUGAUUUUUUCAAGAGGUUCCUUCAAGGAAGUGUCAAUGGAUGUGACAUCGACAAAUAUCUCAUUCCACCUGGUUACAUUAGACGGAAAGGUUAUCUCUCGAGCAUCGGCAAUUUCUGUCAGAAAUUCAUCUACGAUAAUGCGAGUGUGAGCUACGAUGACCUUCUACCAAUCACAUUUUGGAUCAGAAGUUUGCAUUCGUCCAAUUCGAAAAUGUAUGGGGAGAAUUCUGACAUGCCAAAUGAGACCGAAAUCUUCCAACUCAUGCUCAAGCUCCAGAAGAAUGUGUUACGUCUUCUGCACAAUGGGACCCAACCCGCCAGAGUGCCAUCCUGGUGGACAUCGUUCGAGGCUGGAACUUGGACUGAUUUUACGAAUCAAUAUCAGAACAAAAAUCCUAAGCCGAUGAUCCACUCGAUCAUCGAUCGAAUUGCCAUUGUAUUCAAGGACAUAAUCAAGAAUACUUUCCAUGAUCAACCAUGCACCUGGUGCAACAGCUUCAUCGUGCAGAUCUUGAAUUCCCAGCUUUCUCGUCAUGAGAUCUAUUCGAAUUUGUUGUGCGAUAUAAGUCGAUUGGAAUACUCAAAGAUUCGGCAGAUCGUUGAUGGAGAUUUGUACUGGAACAAGACGAUCAACAUGGUUAAGGGUUAUCAGUACUUCAGCAAAAGAAAUGACCCUGAGCCGUUCGUGUCCUCUGUCAAAGACGCUGUUCAAUACGUUGCUGACAUAAUCGUUGAUUACAAGAUGCCAAGAAAUGCCAAGAAUCUUACAGACUGUUUCUUCAAAGCGGUGGGAGCCUCCGAGUCAUCCGGCACUGGUUUUUACAUCAAGGCUCUCAUUGGGAUCGUUGAUUCGUUGCAGCAAAACAUCCACGUUUUCGACACGGCGACGAGUCACGAGAAGCUGUCGAAUCUCACGCGAGUGGCUGAAAAGUUUGUCCCGAUAUGGCGGCCGGUUCGGGAGGUAGUGAAGUUAACCCAAGUCGAGAAAAUCGACAGAAGCCUUCCCAACUCGUCGAUUAACGUGAAUUUGUUGCUCACUCAGAUUUCUGGACCGGCGUGCCCCGCUAACAAAAUCUGCCUCGAUAAAGAACUCCUCCGAGAUUUUUUGAGUUCUAAAAGGUCGAAUAAAUUGCUGCAGUAUGAUCCAAAAACUGCGAAGUAUCCUUCGAUUCCCACCGUCACGGAUCUCCUCGCUGAGAGCCUCGACCUUGAAGCGAUCGACAACAAAAUUGGAAAGUGGCGUCGAAGCGCGUCAUGGAAUUUCGACUGGUUACGAGAAACUCUCAAACACCUCGCUGCCUUCCUUGAGGAAGGGGGAAAUUUGGUGAACGUGGCAAGUAAAGUUGACUUCAAUGACGUUUCCUCCGCACUUGGUGUUCCUGACAUAGCCGACGGUGUCAUCAACCUGUUGAAGGAUAAAACGAUCGACAAACUGUUCGAAGCGCUGAAAGAAAUCGUCGAUGACGUUACGCCGUUCAUCGAAGAGGAAGAUGCGAGAGAAGACCUUCGUAAGAUCGUGGAAACGUUCGAGAGCAUGGAAAUCUUCAAGAAUCUUGGCCUCCUCGAUCUCAAUUACGUAGUUUCCGAGAUGUUCGUCGAUUGGAAUGACCUCCGAAGAUUUCUCGUUGAAGAUAUUGGCAUCCCUGAUGCAGUCGCGAACACAAUCAGCAAAGGGAAAAUCGACAUGCUUUCAGUGUUCAUGAAAGAGCGUCGCGCUAUCAGCCUCAAGGACACCGUGUGUUCUUCAGAGCGUUUGCAGGAUAUGCUGAGUUUCGAUUCUGCGGAAACAAGUGCUGAGCAAGUUAGCAGCGCUCUCUGCGACCUCAAUGACUCCGCGACUCAGAACGUUACCAUAGAACUCAUUAAAAAUCUCAACUUCGAAUACAUCUUCAGCAACCUCAUGAGUGCCAACGUAAAGAACAUCCUGAAGAACGCGAACCUCACGGAAAUCGAGGGGCAGGAAGUCUUCGAUAGCAUCGGGGUCGCGGCUGAGCUGGUUCCAUUUUUCAAGGACAAGCUCUCAUCAGGAUUUUCAGCAGAUGGAUUUUCUCAGGGAAACGAAGAGACGAUUUCCACAGGAAGGUUCCUCCAGGAUGCGAGUAAGAUGUUGUGUGGCCAGGCACUGUUGAGUGACAGUGGAGAAUUCUACAAGGUCAUCAGCAGCAUCGAGGACAACAAAAAGUCGUACGACCCAAGAGAGCUGGCCUCGUUGCCAACGGAGUUCUGCAAGGACACCUACAAGAACUUUUUAGCGACAAGCGGAGGGAAGAUCAUUUGGUCCUAUGUGAAACCUCUGCUCAGAGGUCGAAUUCUGUACGCUCCUAAGACGAGCGUCGUCAACAGAAUAAUGUCUUUCGCCAACGAGACUUUCAGCCAGAUUGAUACGUUCGGUGUCCUGAUGGAUGGCCUUGAGAAGACUCUGCGGUCGUUGGCCAGCCUUUCGGAAAUGGGACAAAGCUUGAAGGACCUGAAGGACGUCAUGGCAUCAAAGGUCAUGAGAAUUGCCAUCAAGUCUAUGAGUAACGGUCGCAUGGAGGCAGAUUUCGGCAACUUUGAUCUCGGCGACAUCGCAUGGAAGCUUUCCAAGUCUACUCGACUAACGGACAUGAUCGGGAUGUUGAAUGACUUUUUAAAAUGUGUUCUCGUCAAUAGAAUCCAGGGCUUCGCCACCGAAGAAGCCCUUGAAAUCGAAGCUAGGAAUCUCAUCGACACCAAAGAGUUUCUGGCUGGUGUCGUUUUCGUCGAGACACCUUACGAUGAAUCAAGGUCAAAGAGGUCGUCGGGCGACGAUCCGGAAGACGAACUGCACGACGACGUCGUGUACAAAAUUCGUAUGGAUGUCGAUUAUGUCCCAUCCACUAAAAGACUCAAAACCCAGUUUUGGCUUCCUGGUCCCGAAGCCAGCUUCAUCGAAGAUCUCCGCUACCUUCGAGGCUUCGUACAACUUCAAGACUCCAUCGAUCGCGCUGUCAUCCGAGAGAAAUCUGGAAGAGUACAAAACUGGAAAACUGUCACACAGCAGAUGCCUUACCCCUGCUGGAAACGCACUCCAUUCAUUACGACUCUCUACGAGUCUCAGGGUGUCAUAGUCUGCUUUUUCUUCGCGCUGAUGAUGUGCGUUGGCUCCGCUGUUCGUUACAUCGUCUGGGAACGCGAAUCCCAUAAUUCCAUGGUGAUGAGUGUCAUGGGCCUUAAACCUUGGCGCAACACUCUCGCCUGGUUCGCUACGACUUACAUGGAGUUGACGAUUGUCAUGAUUUUCAUUUGCAUCAUUCUUGUCGCCGGGAAAAUCUUGCCCCAUACCGACCCUCUUCUUCUUUUGCUUCUGCUCCUCGAUUAUGUUUUCUCCAUCGUCAGCUUUUGUUAUAUGAUCUCAACGAUAUUCAGUUCGGCCAGUUUGGCCGCUGUAACAACAGUCGUAAUGUUUCUUCUCACUUACAUGCCUUACGUCAUAGUCAUUGCGAUGGAGGCGAGCAUGAGUUUGGGCUGGAAAUUUUUUAUCAGUUUGAGCAUGUCGACAAGCUUUUCGUACGGUUGUUUGUACAUCGUGAGACGCGAAGUUCAAGGCACAGGAAUGACCUGGGACUUGCUGUGGGAAGAGUCGACUCCUGGGGAUUCGAUGUCCCUUGGUUUUGUGCUCCUCAUGAUUGCUCUGGAUGGUAUUAUUUACGCUUUCAUCGGUUAUUUUGUUGCCCGCUACACGAACUCAGGCCGAGAUUUUCGGGGUCUGAGAUCACGUAGCUUGUGGUGGGCCGAGACCCGUUCUCUCUACGGACGGCCCAGCUACCUAGCCUUCGUCAACAGCCUCUAUUACACUAAUGACGUACUGCACCCUUCGGCCACUUACCAAGACGAAGACAGUGAUCCCGGCAGCAUGAUCGUCAGUGAAAAACAGGUCGGUGUCAGAUUCGAAGCUGUUCGCAAGGUUUUUCAAACCGAAAAAGGCGAUUUUGUCGCUGUCGAUGACUUCACUCUCAAACUCUGCGAAGGCGAAGUUACCAGUUUGCUGGGCAGGAACGGCGCCGGCAAAACAACGAUAAUUAAAAUGCUCACUGGGAUGAUGGCGCCAACGAGCGGAGAAAUUUAUUUGAACGGUGACGAGGAUACGAAACCGGACAUUGGAGUUUGUCCCCAGGAGAAUGUUCUCAUCGACACUUUGACCCCUCGGGAGCACAUGACCUUCUACGCGAGGCUCAAGAGACCGAGUGACGAGGAGGCCAUGCUCAAAGACGUCAAUUCGAUGCUCGUAUCUUUAGAGCUCGGAAGACAAGAGCACGAGCCAGUGCAUCGUUUGUCCGGAGGAACGAAGCGUCGUCUCUGCGUCGCAUUGGCCUUUCUUGGGUCGCCAAAACUCGUGAUUUUAGACGAGCCCGGUGCCGGCGUUGAUCCAGCAGCACGACGAAGAAUUUGGCGUCUCAUUGAUCAGCACCGUGUGAACCGAACUGUUUUAUUGUCGACUCAUCACCUCGACGAGGCGGACAUGUUGAGUGACACCGUCGUCGUCAUGCACCGUGGAAAAAUCUUGUGCACAGGCUCUCCCUUGAGUCUCAAAGUUACUUAUGGCCACGGCUAUUGGCUGCACGUCGAAUUCCCAAUUGGACAUUAUCCGGAAUCAUCGAUCGAUCCGAAAAGUUUGGAAAAGAUACGAUCCAUGGUCGAAAAUUCUGUACCGAAUUCAACCAUCGAUGAAAAAUCCUCGACCGAUCUCGUUAUCACUAUGCCAUUCAAUGGGAAACACGGAGAAGCCAAUGAUAUCGCCGCUGUUGUUAAACUUCUCGAAGACAAUAAAAAGACCCUCGGCUUUGCUCACAUUUCCCUGGAGUGCGACUCGCUCGAGAGAGUUUUCCUCGAUCUUUGCUCACGAGCUGACACCGGCUAUUCCGCACCCAUGAGACUCAGCAUGGACAGUGUCGCCAGUGUUGGCUCCAUAGGAUUAACGGUACCAACGGAUGACGUGGAUUUGAUGAUUGGUGAGUCAGCACCGAAUCCGAAGCCUCUGAGACAGGCGAGAGCUUUGUUGAAAAAAAGAUUAUGGCAUUUCGCGAGAGAUUGGAGAUCACCUCUGGCCACUCUGAUCCUUCCAACGAUAUUCGUCGCAGUAGCCAUGGGUUUCUCGCUCAUAAGACCACCCUCAGGAGACGAGCCUCCUCUCGAUCUCAAUCCAAAACUUUAUGACACUCAUCCAACCUACUUUUACAGUAUUGACAAUGGAAGCGAUCCUUUCCUACAACACGUAUCUCUCCAGCUGCACAAUCGUUUCGGUGGAGAUUACGCUGGUGCUUGGCAGACUCAUCCGAAUGAUACGGGAAUUUGCGAGUGUACAGAAGGUCAACAAGUUUGUCACGGAGUGUCAAAGGGCGUCGAGGGUCUGUACCAAACUCUGCCAGGGCGACCAACCCUCGAUUGGAUCGUCUCGACCUUCCAGGAGUACAUAGAAAAAAGAUACGGUGGCUGGUCGUUAUCUCACGCUGGUGAAGAUCCAUUAUUCGUAGUCUGGUACAACAACAAGGGACAUCACGCCUUGCCCGCUUAUCUCAACGCCCUUAACGAGGCUAUAUUACAAGCAUCCGGUUCAUCUGGUCAUUUAACCACCCUCAAUCAUCCCCUUAAGCUAUCAAGUGAUCAACUCAAUCGCACGACUUUAGUACAGCAUGUCGCUGACGUGGGUGUAGCCCUCGUUCUUUUGAUAGCGUUCAGUCUAGUAGCCGCACAGGGAGCCAAGGAAUUGGUGAGGGAGAGAUUGUCAGAGGAGAAAAGGAUUCUCUAUCUCGCGGGAGUACAUCCGGUAACGUACUGGACUACAGCUUUAAUCUGGGAUUUCUUGGUCUUCUUGGGAUCCAUACUCCUCGCUGUGAUCGUCUUUAAAAUAUUUGGACUCUCGUCUUACGUCGCACGGGAUAAUCUCGCUGGAGUUUGUCUCAUUCUCUUUUUGUUCGCUUGGGCAGCGAUUCCAUUUACUCAUCUAGUUGAGAAAGCUUUCGACGAUUCGUCGUUAUCGAAUAUGGUACUUUUUUGUUUAAACACAUUCGUGGGUGUGGCGAGUCUCGCGACGAUCCUCGUCAUUGACAUUCUCGGCAAAAGUCAAACGGCCAGAGACACAAGAAAUUUUUUGCAUCACACACUCCUCCUGUUCCCUCAAUACGCACUUGGGGAUGCUCUCGUUGAAAUAACGAAAAAUGACAUAACCGCUGAACUGCUAGGCAAAUUUCAAAUGGACACGUACAAGUCACCACUCGGCUGGGAACUCCUGGGACUUCAUUACACGAUCCUCUUCAUCGUUGGGAUCCUCUUGUACGCUGCUAAUUUGGUCGUGGAGUGCGGCUAUCUUCCAGACUGGCCGAGAGGGAGGCCCUCAUACGAGAACGUAGAAGAGGAUGAGGACGUUGUGAGGGAGCGGAUAAGAGCGGAGAACGGAGGCAACAACGACGUGAUUAAGACUGUUCGUUUGCGAAAGGAAUACCGAAGCGUUUACGGUACGAACGUGGCGGUGCAAAAUUUGAGCUUUGGCGUCGCGCCGGGUACUUGUUUCGGGCUUUUGGGCGUCAACGGGGCUGGAAAAAGUUCGACCUUCCGUAUGCUCACCACGGAAACUCGUCCGACCUCUGGCGAGAUUAUACUUCAUGGACGGUCCGUUGGCAAGAGACCGUUGUGCGACGGUCAGAUCGGUUAUUGCCCUCAGAGCGAUGCACUCGAUGCUUUUCUCUCGCCCCAUCAGUGUCUCACUGUUCAUGGCGAAAUAUGCGGCCUCGACGAUGUUCCGAGGUCUGUAGAAACGAUGCUUAAACGCUUCGAUCUCAUAAAAUAUGCUCAUCAGAGGGUGAGCAGCUUGAGUGGGGGAAACAAGCGAAAAUUAUGCGCUGCUAUUAGCGUCAUGUCCCCAGUUUCCGUUGUUCUCAUGGACGAGCCAACGAGCGGGAUGGAUCCGGCAUCGAAAGAACUGGUGGCAAAUGCCGUUCGGUUAGUGACCAGAAGUCGAGGCUGCGUCAUCAUGACUUCGCACAGCGUCACCGAGUGCGAAAACCUUUGCAAUCGCGUCGGAAUUCUCGCGAGAGCUGGACUACGUUGCAUCGGUUCGGUUCAGCACCUCAAACACAAAUUUGGAGAAGGAUAUGUGGCGUUCCUGCGAUUUGGGCUGCCGAUAUCUCCGAAGGAUCUCAAAGAAGCGAUCGCCAGGCAUCUUCCAACGGGCCUGAUCUCAUCGAGACAAGCAAUGGCGGCACGACUCCUGAUACCGCGGUCAAAUGAGGUGACCUUGAGCUCAACCUUCUUACGGGUUAAGCAGUUAGCUGAGGAGCUCAAAGCGACGGAUUAUACUUUGACACAGAGCUCCUUGGAUCAGGUGCUCGUCAAUUUUUCGGAAGAAAUGGAAGACGAAACGCUCGAUUCCCGAUACGGACAGAGAAGUCGAGUCAUUCCGAAUGUCUACACGAACGUCCAGGACGCGAUACACAUGGAAACGUUUUGAUAAAAUUGGUCAAAGCAUUUAUCACCGCUUCUGAGAAAAGUGGCGACAAAAGAAUGUCUCCAAAAUAAUUGAUCGCGGUGAAACGCACAACUCCGGUCUCUCUGGCCUGCGGGUAAUCGCCCAUUGAAAAUGAAAUGAAGCUAUUUAAUGAAAAGGCGAUUAAUACGAAUGUGUAAAUGACAAUGACGUGAGUACGUACGAACGCUUCUUGAAUUUUAAACGAUAGGAACCACUGAAACUUCCUCGCAACUGUGACGUCAUUCUAUUAAUACAAGAAAUUUCAUUUGUGUGUCAAAUUUUGUAAGAUUUACUUUAAUUUUAGACUCUUAAGAAUAAUCUGCGUGUCAAUCGGUGUUUUAUUAGAUAACUGUGCAAUUUUAAUUCUUUGUAAAUUACUGGAACAUUUUACGAACUCUGCGAGGAAAUAAUUUUUAUUCCAAACGCAUGAUAAUAAAAGUUCGUCAACAAAA